GCUCCGCGCUCAACGCUCAGCUGGGAAUCAUCACGAGCUGAGUGAUCAUUGUCUUGUUCACCAAUGCUCGAUGCCGCUGCCGAGACUAGCCCUGCCUUUCAUCUAUGCGGCAGUGAUGCUGCUAUUGCCGACACUUUAUCUGCUUCAUCGUAGUCACGGACAGGACGUUGGCGACACGCUAGAUAUGCUCGGCUCCCUUCGUGACAGCAGUGCAUUUGGGUCGUUGCGGCAUCCAUCGCAGCUCGCAGAUCUCGCUGGGAGCCCAAUGCAUGGCCUCGAGGCACAGCACGCCUCAGUGAAGGGACCGGUCAUCAUGCCGAAGCUCGGCAAUGCGACGGUCAAGGCCGAGCUCGGUAGAGCCGCAUGGAAAGUAUUGCACACGAUGGGUCAAAGGUUCCCCGACAAGCCUACGACAGACGAGAAAGAAGCAUUCAAGGCAUUCUUAUGGCUUUUCUCGAGGCUGUAUCCCUGCGGCGAAUGCGCUCAACAUUUUCAUGAGUUGCUCGUGCAGUAUCCGCCUCAGACGGCGAGCAAGAGUGUCGUGAGCAUCUAUCUGUGUUCGAUGCACAAUAAAGUCAAUGAGAGCCUGGACAAGCCCUUAUUCGAUUGCUCAAAGCUUGAGGGACUGUACGACUGCGGCUGUGGCGACGACAAGCACGAACGAGAGAGCGAGGCGAAGGACGCAGUCACAGGUGCGCCUCUCGUGCACGGAUAGCGGCGACCAUUAGACCGUUCCAUAAAGCUUUGUAUACAUUGUUGUUGUCCUAAUUGCAGCAGCAGACUGACGAAAACAA